UGAGUCAACUGGAAAUUCCGCAAUAACACGGAGUUUGUGUAUUUUCGAUUCGCCAUGCUUUGCUAUGGGGUUCACUAAAAUCUACCUGAUAUCACCACUGACUUUUGUACUUAAAGCAAACCUCAUGUUUUGCACCGUUAUGUCUCAAUGUGGAUUGAAUGAGUUCCGAAGGCAGUUUGAGAACACAUUAGGUUACCAAUGUGUACCCUGCCGAGAGUGUCCGAACGGUUACAGGGAGGUGUCAUUUUGUAGCAACGUCACAGACACGGAGUGUGAGCAGUGUCCUAGCGGGACCUUCUACAGGGCGACGCGCCGGGAGAAGUCGUGUCAGAAAUGUAGACAGUGUUCCGUGGCGCCUGAUCAGGUAGAAUGCAUGAAUGGUACAAACAUCAACUGUUCCAUUAAUUGUCCAAAUAUCAAAACUCUGCGGAGCUGCAAGACCUGCUCAGUUUGUAAGAAGAAUGAAUAUGAGAAAAUCAGCUGUUCGACCACUGAAAAUACCGUCUGUAAGAAAUGUAAACAAUGCAAAGGGCACCAUUUCAUUGCCAGAAAGUGUUCAAAUAAAAGAAACACCUACUGCAAGAGAUGUCGUAAGUGCCUAAAAGGUGAAACUUACAUGUACAAAAAAUGUAAACGAGACAGAGAUACACAGUGUAAAUCAUGCUCCACCUGUCCACCCGGAUUUUAUGUCAAACGGAAGUGCACCAGACGCCAUGAUACAAUUUGCGCUCCUUGUCCAGUCGACAAUAUUAACAACGUCAUGUGUAACAGUUGUCCCAAAGGUACUCACUUUAACAGGUCCUCCACCAACCAAAGUUUGUGUAUAUCAUGCGCUCAAGGUACCUUCAUGGAUAUAAAUAACCACAACAUCGGUUUCUGCAAGAAAUGUCGACGUUGUGGUCCUAAUGAGGAAAUUAUACAAGAGUGCAAUGCUACUCACGAUAGGGAGUGUGGGGAAUGUUCGAAAGGGUUUUUCCGACUGCAAUCUUCACAUAGUUGCGUCAUGUGUUCACGCUGCCUGAGGAAUCCAUUCAACUUCUCAAGUCUCGUAGUAGACGAAUGUCGCCGAGAAAUAAACGGCACGGACAAAAUCUGUAUGCCAGCCAUUCCAUCAGUACUUCUAGUCGUCAAUGCAUCACUUCUCUAUAGACUAAGGUCGAAUCAAGUCGUUAAGAUCUUUAAGCACAAAAAGCAGGAAGCUGCACAAGAAGCAAACGUCAAGAAGAACAGCGUCACCUCAAUCAAAGAGGAACCGGAUGAAAAAGCAAAGCUGAACGGAGGCGGUGGGGGAUUCGGAUCACUUCUCUCACAAACCAAAGCCAAAAAUGCCAGCUCAAGCGAGGCUCCUGGAAAGACCAUGUCCACGACGGGCAUCGGUGCAUCAACAAGAGGGAAGGGAAAACCGCCGAGAAAUAAACUAGCGCUGAUGGCUGCUCGUAAAAAGAUAAAGAAAGCAGUAACUAAAGCGAAGGUAACUAAAAUCUUUUCUUUGAAAGAAGACAACGGCGACCCUGACCUUCACAUGUUUGUGACGUAUCUCAUCGUGUGGGUGACGAUGUUGGUCUGUCACGGUCCAUACUUUGCCAUCAACAUAGCGGACUACGCCGAUUCAGAUGAUAUCUGGGGCGGAUAUUACAGCAUAACUGUUAUCUUUUUUAUGGUCAGUUACUGCGCGAAACCUAUCAUUUACCUUGCACACAAUCGGAAGUAUCGAGAGGGUUAUAAAGAAACAAUGCCAGAAAAAGUAAUAGAAAAGGCCAACACAGCCCGGAAGUCCGUUUCAAAUUUCAUGGACAAAAUAGACAAAGCCAUGUUCAAGACUCCGGGAAAAAAGAAAUUAGAUGCAACCCUAACUACACAUAUGGCUGCCAAUAAGUGGCUGAGGAAAGUCAAAAAUAAGAACGGGGCAGGUGGCGCUGCAGGUGGUCUGUUUGGCAAACUGAAACCGAAAACUGAAGCAGGGAAGUCUGACGCUGACGCGAACAAAGCAACACAGAAUGCAGUAGUGGAACCGCUUCCUAAAAAUACUCCCUCCUCCCCCACCAAUACGGUUCAGUCCGUGACCACUGCGCGUGACGUCGAUUUAGUAGAAAAAGCGCCACCACCGGCAGCUGCGGCGUUACCGACAGCUGUAGUUUUUAAUGAGAGGGCGGGAAAUAGUCGACAGAAAGAAUCGUCCUUUUCUGUGGAUCCGGUGCCAGAGAGUGACUUUUUGGCAGACUCUCCGUCUUAUAAACCUACUAAUGAUGACAACCUAAUGAAACCAAACCAAUGGCGACAGAUCGGAAAGAGGGCGCAUGUAUUUGAUAUAGAAGAUGUGGAGCAUUCCCUGGACAUGGUUUAAUCCAAUACCAAAGACAUUUAGACCUCUGUUAUAAUAAAUUCAAAAAAUUUACACCGGUGUGCCAACAUUUAAUAAUUGGACAUA